AACACGCUUCAAACAUACACCCUUACUAAAAGAACAUGGCCAAGGGCGGGAAAGGCCCCAAGGGCAAGAAGAUCACCCUCAAUGUGGCCAAGAAUUGUAUCAAAAUCACAUUUGAUGGGAGAAAACGCCUUGACUUGAGCAAGAUGGGAAUUACCAACUUCCCCAAGUGCAUCCUGAGACUGACUGAUGUGGAUGAGCUCGACCUUAGCCGGAAUCUGAUCAGAAAAAUCCCUGAAUCAAUCUCCAAGUUCCAGAACCUGCGGUGGCUGGACCUGCACAGCAACUACCUCGACAAGCUUCCUGAGUCCAUCGGCCAGAUGACCACUCUGCUCUACCUCAAUGUCAGCAACAACAGGCUGACCACCAACGGGCUGCCUGUGGAGCUCAAUCAGCUCAAGAAUAUCCGCACUGUGAACCUAGGCUUGAACCAUCUGGACAGUGUGCCCACCACGCUGGGUGCUCUGAAGGAGCUCCAUGAGGUGGGGUUACAUGACAACCUGCUGACCAGCAUUCCCAAGAGCAUCUCUAAGCUCCCCAAGCUCAAAAAGCUCAACACAAAGCGAAACCCCUUUCCCAAGGCAGAGGAGUCAGAUACAUUCAUAGAUACCAUCAAGAGGCUGGACAACUUAUAUCUGGUAGAAGAGAAAGAUCUUUGUUCGAAUUGCCUCAGAAAAUGCCAACAAGCCCGGGACAAGCUGAACAAAAUCAAGACUAUGGCCACAAUGGCACCAAGAAAGGCCAUCUUUUCCAAUCUGGUCUCACCCAACUCCAUGGCCAAGGAUUCCCAGGAAGAUUGGAGGUGA